AGAGUGCAUUUUUUCAUACUUGAACGAGUUCAUCAUAUCGUUUGUUUUUUCAAAAAAAGGAGUAAUAUACUUUAAUGGCAUGGAUAUUUUCUCUAAUGGACUACACACCAUUGAGAAAAUUAUUUUGAUUGCCUGCAUUUUUUGGCAUCUCUGACUCUGUUGGAGCUCCCAUUGAUGUGAGAGAUGAUAUGUGGUUGGUAUUUUGUUGAGUUGGGUUUAGGAAAAUACGUUUUCAAUACGUUUGACCGAAUGUUUUGAAAAAGAAAAAGAAAAUCAGAAAUCGCUACUUUACGGGUUUCAGACCAUUCUCUCUCAAUUUCUCACAAUCUACACUUCGCACGAGAAAGAAUCCGAGCGCCGUUCGCCGCCGUUCUGGUCGCCGCCUCCGCCUUCUGGAGCAUUCAUGUCUACUCUUUACCGAGGGAUGUCCAGGAAAGACAAACCUAGAGGACGCCCUCAUGGGUUAACUCAACAAAAAAAGCAGGAGAUUAAAGAAGCUUUUGAACUUUUUGAUACUGAUGGAUCUGGAACAAUCGAUGCAAAAGAGUUGAAUGUUGCAAUGAGGGCUCUUGGUUUCGAAAUGUCUGAAGAGGAAAUUACUCGAAUGAUAGCUGAAGUUGACAAGGAUGGCAGUGGUGCAAUUGACUUUGAUGAAUUUUGUCACAUGAUGACUGCCAAGUUUGGAGAAAGGGACACCAAAGAAGAGCUCAUGAAAGCUUUUCACAUUAUUGACCAAGAUAAAAAUGGCAAGAUUUCUACUGCAGAUAUUCAGCGCAUAGCCAAGGAGUUGGGUGAAAAUUUCAGUGAGAAAGAGAUUCAGGACAUGAUUGAUGAAGCAGAUCGAGAUCGUGAUGGUGAAGUAAAUGCUGAGGAAUUCAUGAGGAUGAUGAGGAGAACAUCAUAUGGAUACUAGAUUAUUUUGCUCUCUACUUGUCUACUGUGUAAUUUGUUACUGGUGUGUUGUAACAUAUGGUUUUGAAUGAUAAACAAGAUUAUCUGGAUUCCAAGUGUUGGUUAUAAUACAAUUCUUAGUUGAAA